CUGAAGGUUGAAACCCAUACUUUUCUUGUAAAUGUCGAAGCUUAAGAUAAUAUAUUAUAUUCAUAUAAAAUAAUGUUAACCAUAGCUUUUAUACAAUAUUUUUUAAGAACAUUUCGAGUUUAUACCAUCUGAAACUACACUAAAUAACUUAUGAUGUUUUAUUCUAAUGCGAAUAAUCAUAAUACAGUAAAUUGGAGAAACAAUUUGAAUGAUUUAUCCGAUCUUGAUGAUGAUUCGGGUAAUGAAUUGCCUCUUUCAUCAAUCUCAAAUUGUGUGCACCCAAUUAAUAAUCUUAAAAUUGUAAGAAGUGCCGUUAAAAAAUGUAAAACUGCUGAAUGCCAAACAAAACGAAAAUUUGAACAGGAUAAUAAAUUACCUAAUUCAUCAAGAGAAAAUUUUUUACACCUUAUUGAUGACAAAAAAAAAAUUAAAUGUGGAUCUGGAAAAUAUGAAACGGUUGAUUAUCAAAUUGAACUAGACAUUAAUCAGGAUAAUGAAUUGCCUCUAUCAUCAAUAGCAGAUUUCUUGCAUCCAAUUGAUCAGAAGCUUAAAAAUAGUAAAUUACAAAAAUGUAAAACUAUUAAUUACCAAAUAGAAGAAAACAACAACCACAAUGACGAAUUAACUCUUUCAUCAAUUGCACAUUCCUUACAUCCGUUUGAUAACAAAUUCAUAGAAUGUGGAGCAGUCGAUUGCCAAUCAAACAAAAACAUCAAUCAUUACAACAAAUCUGAGCCAAAUAGAUUAAUAUGCAACAAAGAACAGAGUACAAUUGAAAAUGUAUCAAAGACAUAUGAGUGUGAUAUUUGCGGUAAAAUCUUUUCUAAGCGUACUGAUAUAAUUAAACAUUAUAAAACUUCAUUGUGCUAUCCAGCAAUUAUUUAUAUAUUUGAUAGUUUUUAG